CGCCGCCGUUGCUGCGGAAUUGACGGGGCUGCCGUCGGAGCGAGAGCACACACAGAGACCCACGUAGAAGAUAAUGAACAACAAAUUUGACGCCCUGAAAGAUGAUGACAGCGGAGACUACAACCAGGACAACAGCUCACCGAAAGAUGGGGAGAAGGAAAGAAAUGACGAAGAUGACAAGGAUUCAAACACUACCAAGAGAAAGCCAGUGGUCCCAGGGGCCGGUGAACACCCUCUUCAGUACAACUACACAUACUGGUAUUCUCGUCGCACACCAGGACGACCAGCCAGCACACAGAGCUAUGAACAGAACAUCAAACAGAUCGGCAGCUUUGCUUCGGUGGAGCAGUUCUGGCGUUUUUAUAGUCACAUGAUCAGACCGGGUGAUCUGACUGGCCACAGUGAUUUCCACUUGUUUAAGGAAGGAAUCAAACCCAUGUGGGAGGAUGAUGCUAAUAAGAGUGGGGGUAAGUGGAUCAUUCGGCUUCGUAAAGGCCUGGCAUCACGCUGCUGGGAGAAUCUGAUCUUAGCGAUGCUCGGGGAGCAGUUCAUGGUAGGCGAGGAGAUCUGUGGGGCUGUCGUGUCUGUUCGUUUCCAGGAGGAUAUAAUUUCUAUCUGGAAUAAGACAGCCAGUGACCAGGCCACCACAGCGCGCAUUAGAGACACUUUACGCAGAGUUCUCAAUCUGCCUCCAAAUACCAUAAUGGAGUAUAAAACACACACCGACAGCAUCAAAUAUACUUACUGAGGCCACCGUAUGUAAUAUUAUCAUGGCUAAAUGGAAACAUAACAAUGGAUAGCUUGGGAGGAUUUCCAUGGUCUAGUAAAUGCAAGUGGAGGCCGCUAGUCUUUCAUCUUGAGAGUGUGUGAUGGAUUUUCGGGUUCAUUUUCCCAAGGAAGAGGAUGCGUCAGAGGAACGAUAACUUGAUAAUUGAUUUUCUGUUUAAAAAACAAAACAAAAGGGACAUCAUGAAAAGGUUCAGCAUGAGACAUUUUUACUGUGGAAGACUUCUGGAUUUGGUUUUUAUCAUCUGAACCCCACCUGAAAUCUUGCAGAAGAGGAAGGUACCAAAUCAUCAUCUUGCAAAAGAAUGUUUUCCAUUCAGCCAACAGGCUGAGAUAUCAGAGCGACAUGGAGGAAGCCAGUGGGACCACAUUGUUCAGCCACUGUGACAUGAACUAUUGGCUGGGAACUGCCAACAGUUUUCCAGAAAUUUUAAUGCGUCCUUGUGUAGUACAGUCACAUUUACCUGAAUUAGCAUCUGAAUAGCACUGUCUUAAAAAAAAGAAGAAAGGCAGAAAGACAGAAUUCAUUUAGGUCACAUUGAUGGGAAUAUUUUACUAUGGUGCAGAAUUUUAGCUACAGUGUUAAGAAUUGUUUUAACUAGGAACUGUUGUACAAAAAAAUAUUAUAUUUCUAAACAUAUUUGGAGAGAUCUAUAAUGGAAACUUUUUAUUUUUCCUGAGUUGAGAGAGUGAAAACACAAAGGACAAUGCCUUCCCUGGGGUGGGCAUGGUGGGUACCAAGCUGCCUGAUUCACUGUGCCUGGCCUACAGGCCUUCGCCUCUGUCAAAACAGAUUUUAAAAAUCACUCCACAUCCUGGCACUCUGCUGGGGAAGGGGUCACUGGAGGUGUCAGAGUGACAUCAUUGCUCCAGUGUUAUAUAGAGAAGAUCCCAAGCCCUGGUUUAGAAUAAUUUGAAAUCAUUAAAACUUUUUGCACAGAUAUGUAGUGAUAACAUUGAUCUGGAGUUGAUGGAGGUUGGGCGGGCUCUAGUUUCAACACCUACUUUAUACUGCCUGAAAUUCAGUGCUGGUGCUGGACAAAGUUGUAUUUGAGGUAUACCGGUAUAUAAAAAGAGAAAAGGAAAGGUGGUUUGUAUUUACAAUUUAUUAGCAAUAAAUGGUUAUUAUGCAUC